AACAUACUGUUCACCAAGGAGAUCGAAGAAAAUGGUAAGAUACCUUUUCUAGACUGCUUGGUCACUCGCGACAACAACAAACUAAAAACGAAUGUUUACAGAAAACCGACACAUACCGACCGAUUAUUAGACCAGUCUUCGUACAACCCGACCUCUCACAAGGCUACUACUAUCCGGACUUUGACGAGACGAGCGCAACUAGUUUGCGACUCACCUGACAGCCUACAAGACGAGACUGAUUAUCUUAACAACGUCUUUAGUAAGAACAAUUACAACACGGACUUUGUUAGACGGAACACUGACAGUAACACUGAUUCCAACACUCAGACCAACUCUGGCCCUGUUACGACAGCGACUAUACCGUACAUCAGAGGC